AUGCUGCAGCAGACACACAGGAGAGGCGGUAGCCCCAGCAAUAAGGACCCGCCAGCUGAAGCGACCACAGAGGUGCAGCAGAAGCAGCAGCAGCAGCAGCAGCAGCAGAAACAGCAGCAGCAGCAGCAGCAGCAGCUUACAGCAGGAGAUAGUGCGCCUGAAGCAAAGGAGACUGGAUAUGGGGAUCAGCAGCUGCAGCAGAGAAAAGAGGGGGGGAAGGCACAGCAGCAAGCGCAGCAGCAAGCGAGCUAUCGGCUCCUGUUGCUGUUGGAUGCCGAUGGUUAG